AUGUCUGCGGGUUCAACUGUCAAGAACGCUUCGGACCAACAGGGGCAGUCGUCGACGAAUCAUUCAGCCAACCAGGAGCAAACCAGUCCGGCUCCAGACGUUUGCAGAGCAAGCUCCUCUGGUGCAACUUCAGGGGAGAUCGAGAAACAGGGUGUACUGGUUUUGGAACCAGCGAAGGCGCCAGGGGGCACCACGAGCGCAAGCGCCGCCGACCAAGUUUGCUUUGCAGCGAGCUCCUCUGAUGUCCCUCAAAAAGGCGCCAAGUCUGCCCCGCCAAGCUCGCCCACCUCCAGGACGUUCAAAGAAAUUGCCGCAAUCCUCUCCAUGUCGCCCUUGAGGCUUCCUGGAAUGAAGAAAGACGACAGAAUCGGGAUGAGUGUCCUCACUAUCGUCGCGAUUGCUGUGACUGUCGCCAGCAUCCUCGGCGUCAUUGGCUUCUUGAUCGCAACCCGCCACAGCGGCAUAAAGCUGAAGGACUACUGCGACACGGACGGCUGCCUGUACCAUGCUUGGAUGCUUACACGCAAACUGAACCAUAGCAUCGACCCGUGCGACGAUUUUACCGGGUACGUCUGUUCCGCCUGGGCACCGUCGGGCGUGUACAGUGAGCAGGCCAAGUCGCCAAUAGACGGCAUCCUGUACGCUCGGUUCAUCGGCUUCCGAGAAAUGCUCGCCAAAGGCACUCGCCUGCUGCCAGUUGGAGAGAAGGCCCGCGCCAUGCACGAUGCCUGCAUGGAUUCCGCAGCCGAAGCUGCUGCCAACAUGGAAGAGUUUCGGCGCCUUAUGCAGGCCAUGAAAUUAAGCUGGCCGGAACCACCCGGCAAAGAUUCGAAUGCCCUCGGCCUCUUGCUUUCGCUCGCAUUCCAGUGGCAGAUACCGCUGUGGCUCAUGAUCAACACGCCCACGCUGCAGAAGACCGAUUGGCGCCUGAGCAUUAGACCAGGGGAAUAUAUACCGUUGCUAAAGAACCAGCACGUCAGCGUGACGAGAGGCGAUGGGUACGUCGGAUACUGGAUUGGGUUCUACAACGCUUUUCGUACCAAAACCAGUACUCCUUUAAGCAAACCCCAAAUAGAAAGCGUUGCUGACGCAGAGGCUCGCAUACUUGAGCAACUGCACAAGGCGUUUUUCUCGAAGAAGAAAAUCCCGGCCGUGUUGCCGCUCGCAGUCAUAGGGAACUUCACCGCUCCUGUCUCCUCAUCGGAGUGGCUGGAGCAGUUGUCUCUGAACCUGGCGUUCAGCCCCAAGUUCGUCGCGAACGACCGAAUUGCCGUGAGUGACACGGGCUUUCUGGCGGCGCUGGGAGGCCUCUUCGCGAACUAUACCCACGAAAUGCUAACAGGACAGCUGUCUUGGCUCUUCGUUCAGGCUUACGCGCCCAUAUCGGAUCGGAAGCUGCAGACGGUUCGUUACGGCGACACGUGGGAGGCGGACAUGUACAGGCCCAUACUGUGCGCCCAUCAGGUGGAGUCCUCCAUGAAGAUGCUGGUCUUCGCGCUCAACUACGUUUCCGGCUACACUCAGCGGGACACCAAGUUCGUCAAUGCUGGCCUCAGCAGCCUGAUCUACGCCGCCUCCAGAAAGAUCAACAGCUCGGGAUGGCUCGACGAAGAGAGCAAGGCGCGCGCUGCGAGGAAGAUAGAUUCCGUGCUAACGUUCCUCUGGCCGGCAAACCAAUGGAUCCGCAAUGAAUUCCUCAGUUCUCUCUACAAUGACUACCCGAGCGAGGAAGUAACUUUUGGCGAUUACUGGAUAAAGGCGCGCUUCGCCUUGGCGAAACACGACAGGACAGCCGAGUUCGAGGCUACGUUGAACCUGCCGAGUAACAUUCCGCCACCAAACUUUGGGUACGACUACGUCACCAACAGCGUCGCAUUGCCUAUCGGCAUAGUCGACCGGCCGUUGUACUACGGGGACGGAAACAAGGCUAUGUUCUACGGCGGCCUCGGGUUCCUCGUGGCAUUGCAGAUAGCCGCUGCGCUGGACAGUGUGGGCAUCACCUGGGACGCGGAAGAAAGGAAAGUCGGCUCUAUCAUCGCGAGCGACGCGUCGAUGAAGGCUUUCGAGGCGAAAGACGGCUGCCUCGAGGACCAAGGCAUCAAUAGCAUAUUCCCCGAAGUGCCGGCGCUGGAAAUUGCUUACGCCGCGUUCCAGCGCGCCGUUCGGAGUGACAAGGACGGCGUACCGGCACUGCUAGGUUUGUCGCCGGACAAGGUGUUCUUCAUGACCCUGUGCUACAUGGCCUGCCAUACGCUGGACGCGAAGAACGCUUUCGGUGCCGACUGCCACAAGGCAGUGCGCAACUCGCCAGCUUUCCAAGCGGCAUUCCGUUGUCCCAGCGGCUCAAAAAUGAACCCGACGAGAAAGUGCAGUUUCUUCGACUGA